AUGGAUCAGAUCGAGGAGAGCGGCGAGAUCCGCGGCGUGGGCGUGGACUGGGUGUCGGGGCGCGUGUGGGUGAUCUGGUCGGAGCGCGGCGCGGAGCCGGCGCUGCUGGCGGCGGGGCUGGACGGUGCGGGCGCGCGCGAGCUGGUGGCUCGCCGAGUGCGCCGGCCGGCCGCGCUGGCACUGCUUCCGCCCGCGCGCCGCCUCUACUUCGUGGACGGGUACCACGACGCGCUGCGGAGCGUCGCGCUGCUCGGCGGAGACCUCGCCACGCACGUCGUGUUCGCGCAUCGUCCGCACGACGCGCCGCAGCUGCCCAAAAAUCUAACAGACGAGGCGUACGUGUCGCAGUGGACGCGGACGUGCGCGCGCAUGGCGGUGUGGGAGGAGACGCUGUGGUGCGCGACGGCGCGCGGGCUGGCCCGGCUGCCGCGCCGCGCCCGCACCGCGCCCGCGCCUCCUCCGCAGCUUCCCCGCGCGCGCCGCCCGGUCACCGCCGUGGCCGUGCUGCACGCCGUGCUCUUCCCGCCCGGGGAGGACCCGUGCGUGUUGGCGGACGGCAGCCCGGCGUGUCACGCGAGCGCGCUGUGCGUGCGCCGCGCGGGCUCCGGCCGCGCCUGUCUGUGCCCCGACGGCCUGCAGCCCCGCCCCCGCCCCCGCCCUCUCCCCCGCCCUGGCCCUCGCCCGGAUACAUCAGACGCACCAACGGACGCAGAGAUGAAUUUCAACUCCAUGUCAUCCCAGUCGAAUCGCGAAUGUGUAAUCGCGAACUCGGCGGACAAUGCGGCGAGCGAGGCGAGCGAGGCGGGCGCGGCGGCGGAGGCGGGCGCGGCGGCGGAGCUGGAGGCGGGCUCGGCGUGCACGCUGCAGUGCGGGGCGGGCGAGUGCGUGCUGGAGGGCGGGGCGGCGAGGUGCCGGUGCGGGCCGCUGUUCGCGGGCGAGCGCUGCCAGCACUACCGCUGCGCCGCGCACUGCCACCGCCGCGGCCGCUGCGAGCCGGACCCCGCCGCCCACGCGACGCCCCCCGACCUGCCGCCGCUCAAGUGCACGUGCAACCCGGGCUACUCGGGGCCGCGCUGCGAGCGGGUGGAGGACGUGUGCGCGCGCGUGGUGUGCGCCAACGGGGGGACGUGCCGCGCCCUGCGCCGCGCCCCCGCCUGCCUCUGCGCCCCCGGCUACUCCGGCAAGCUGUGCGAGCGGUGCGUCGACGAGACCUGCCAGUACACGGUGCGCGGGGAGAGCGGGGAGAGCGGGGAGGAGGGCCUCCAGGGGCUCUGCGAUGGUUUCUGCUUUAACCAGGGCACGUGCCGCGUGAGGUCUGGGCGCGCGGUGUGCACGUGCAGCGCGCGCUGGAGCGGAGAGCGCUGCCAGCGGCCGGCGUGCGAGGACGCGGCCUGCGCGCACACAGACACGCCUCCUCCUCCGCACGGACCGGUCCGCGAUGACACCGGAGUCAAAUGGCGAAGUGGAAGUGGAAGUGGAGGCGGAGAUGGAGGUGGAGGUCGACAUCGACAUUACACAAGGAACUCGUCGCCUCGACACCGCACCACGUCGCACCACGUCGCACAACACGUGCGCUCGCGCUAACUACUUUCAAAACUUUUAUUCCUCGAUGUGAUAGCUAAUACAUAUUCAAUUGUCGGGGGUUGUUGAUCGGGAUCCCCCGGCCCCGUACUGUGUAUUCCACUUAGCUCAAUAAAUAUAAUAU